AUGUUUACACAGUUCAGUAAUAAUAACAAUACAAGUAAUAAUAAUAAUAAUAAUCAUAGUAAUGAUAGUAACCAUAGUGAUAAUGAAAUAGUUCAUGCUUAUAAUAAUAAUAAUCAUAAUACUAAUAGUUCAAUGUUAGCUCAGUUAAGUACACACUUAUAUGAAGAGUUAAAUGAACCACCGGAAACAUUUAUUGAAUCACUGCAAUCAAAUUGUGUACAACAGCUGAGAGAAACAAUUAAAAAGAGAACAAUGGCGGAAUUAGAUGAGAAUAUGUCUGGGUUGACAAAUAAAAUACUGAAUACUAAUACCAAUAAUAGUAGUAUUACUAAUAGUGCUAUUAACAUGCAAUCGUUAUCGUCAAUUAGUCCUAAAUCGGAAAUAACUGAAAGACCAAAUUCUGUAAUGAGUGAAACUAGUUCAUCACAGAUUGAUUCAACUGAUGAAAGACAGCAGGGUAACAAUAAACAGAAACAUCACCAACACCACCACCACCAACAACAACAACAUCCUCAUCCUCAUCAACAGCACCAACAACAACGUAGUCGAACUUCAUUUUCUAAUCUUCAACUGGAAGAACUUGAAAAAGAAUUUGAACAUACCCAUUAUCCUGAUGUAUUUUCACGGGAAAAAUUAUCAAGUCGUAUACUCCUACCAGAACCACGUAUACAAGUAUGGUUUUCUAAUCGACGUGCAAAAUGGAGACGUGAAGAAAAAUUGCGAAUUAAACAACUGACUUAUAGAAAUCAACAGAAAUCACUUCAUCAAAAUAACAAUAAUAAUAAUAAUCAUAAUAACAGAAGUAAUAGUACUACUACUAAUAAUAGUUGUAACAGUGAUAAUAGUAGUAUAACACUGGCAUCCUUUAUCUCACCGACAACAAGAAUACAAUUAAACCCAACAUGUACUCAACCUACUGACAGUGACAUGAAAAUGAAUCAAAUGAAGAUAAAAGAUAAUGGUAACAACAAUAUUGGAACAAUAGAAAUGAACAGAUCAAGCUGUUUAACUUAUCCUUUAGGUCAUUCAAAGAAUCUCAACACUAAUGAACUACACUCAACCACAUGUAAUAAUAGUAAUACUAAUAAUGAUAUAAUGAACAGGAAUGCCGACUUAUUAAGACCAUUAGAUGAGCAUAGAAUUCAUUCGAGUAAAAUCAAUAUGAAAGAAAAUAAAUCCAAUGAAGUUAUCUCAAUGGUUACAAGAUAUUCUAGAGAUGAUCUGUUGAUGAAUAAAGGUUACGGAGAGGAGGAUAACAGUCAUAGCCAACAGCUCCAUCAACAUCAUCAUCAUCAUCAUCAUGACCACCAAAAUCAUUUGUAUCACAAUCAUCAUAAUUUAAAUGAGAAACACUGGUCUUCCUUACAUCGUUUACAGCAGCAACAACAACAACACCAACAUCAACAUCAACACCAGCAUCAGCAACAUCCGCCACCACAGCAACACUUACAGUUGUAA